AUGGCUGCGACUCAGACGCCGGCAGAGACACAACCACGACAACCAGCAAAACCCCGUCCACCACCACCAUCAGUCUCUCUAUCAACCCCUCCGCCUGAUCUCAAAGAAGUUAAUCCCGUACUAAGUCCAACGGCGGUUGAGGCCAAUAUAAACCACCCUCCACAUGCAAAUGGCGGCGCACAUAUGUCUUUCGAGUUCGAGGGAUUGGCGAUAGAACUAAAUACACAACUGGAGUAUGUACGGGUUGAAGAUGGGGAAAACACAGACUCGAAGCGACCAACGACAUGGUUGCUCAAGUCCAAAGACCCAAACAAAGCAUACCUGCCUGGCCAGCCACGCAUACGGCUUGGUGAGCGGGCACGACAUGUCGAUGGCCCCGAGGGCAAGGUUGAUGGCUAUUUACGUCGAUGGCAUCUCACGGAUAAGCUAGAUCAGCUUCUUCCCUUGAUGCGCUACAUCUUCGUCCAAACACCCGCCUACGACCACAUCAACGCACUCCACCAUCAUGCCGCCCAUACCCGGAGGAUUGUGGUGGAUGAAGAGCCAGGGCUUCAUUUGGUGUGGUAUUACGAGACCAUUUUCAUGAAGCCCAUCCCCCCAUAUUUCUUUUCCAGGGCUUUCUGGAUGUACAUCGCACAUGCCGACCCCGAAGUCUACCGUGCUUCUCUCGGUUUCAUGCGCAGCUACUACCACAUUAUCCGGUUCGAGAUCGAUUUCCACGAGGCCUGCAAGAAGAAGCUCAUGCCACGGAAGGACAAUGGAAAGUUUCCGACUUAUGAGGAAUGGUGCGAGUUUAUCGAGCCCUUCUCGCUGGUGGGCGACAAGCAUGUCAGUCGCCGUUUUAAGUACGGCGAGCUCCGCCUCACACGCAUCAACCGGGCCGCCAUGUUCUUCCGCUUCAACCUUGCGUACUUCCACCUGUUGCCGCAGUGGGGCUCGUUCUUGUCACAUAUUCUUGCGCCCUUGAUUACGGCAUUUGCGGUGUGCUCGGUCAUUCUCAACUCGAUGCAGGUGACGCUUGCUGCUAUCGAGGUGGCCAAUGAGACGAACUACGACAUACCUGGCCCGGAGGGAUGGAAGCGUUUCAUGAACGUGUCGUUGUAUUUCCCCAUUAUUGUUAUACUGUCAAUAGCACUUGUCAUUGGUGUUACGCUCAUCAGCGUAUUCCUGAUGGGACUGAAGGAUUUGCUGAGGGGGAACAAAGUGAGGGAGAAGAAGCGGCUUGGCCAGGCUAGAGUGGGCAAGGGAAGUCACGGGAUGGUUUGGUAG